CACCACUCGCUUCGCAUGGAUAUUAAGGUCGAGAUUGUUGACUUCAAGCUCCAACAGGCAAUGGAUCCCGAUGCCGAAGUCGAGCGCGACCUCUCCCCCUUCCUUCGCAUCUACAAGAGCGGCCGCGUUGAGCGCCUCCUCGGCACCGAAGUGCUCCCCGCUGGGACGGAAUCCGCCACAGGCGUCGCCUCCAAGGACGUCCUGUUCGACCCCGACGCCGGCCUCUGGGUUCGCCUCUACCUACCGGACCUCGCGGGAUGCACCCCGGACAAGAGGCUCCCCGUCGUCGUCUACUUCCACGGCGGCAGCUUCACCGUCGAGACGGCCGCCUCCCCGCCGGAUCCAUCGAAGUUAAUAUAUAUACACACAAGCAAGGGAUUUGAAGAUAUGUCAUACAUAUCUCCUUUGAUUACCGUGCCAUGUGGUUACGACUUCCUCAUCCCACAUGUUCGUCUACGGUAUGGAUUUGUUAGGACCUUUUACCGACCGCUCAAGCAAUCGGCCCUCUCUUUCCCUCUCUCUUGCCCCUUUCCUGUCCCAUUGAGCUCUUCGUCUCCCACUCUUCACUGCCUCAUGGAUCCCGAAUCCGAGCUCGUAUUCGACUUCCCACCUUUCCUCCGCCUGUACAAGAGCGGUCACGUGGAGCGCCUCAUCGGCACCGACGUCGUCCCUGCCGGAGUCGAUACCGCCACCGGCGUCGCCUCCAAGGACGUGGUCAUCGACCCGCAGACCGGUCUUUCUGCUCGUCUCUACAUCCGCUGCUCCUCCGACGAAUCCGGUAAGCGCAAGCUGCCUGUCCUCGUGUACUACCAUGGCGGCGCCUUCGUCAUCGAGUCCGCCUUCUCCCCCACCUACGACGGCUUCCUCAACAACCUCGUCGCCCGCGUCGACUUCGUCGUUGUGUCGGUGGAGUACCGGCGCGCCCCGGAGCACCCGAUCCCCGCGGCGUACGACGACUCCUACGCGGCCUUGAACUGGGUGGCGUCCCACGCGGGGGGCAGCGGGGGCCCGGAGGCGUGGCUGGCCGAGCGCGGGGACUUCGGGCGGGUCUUCCUGGCCGGGGACAGCGCGGGGGCCAACAUCGCCCACAACGUGUUGAUGCGCACGCGGACGGACGCCUUGCCCAACGCGGUCCCGAUCACAGGGCUGGCGCUGAUACACGCGUACUUCUGGGGAAAAGAGCCGGUGGGAUCGGAGCCGACGGAUCCCAUGUUCAGGCAGUGGCUGGAGACCACAUGGGGAUUCGUGUGCGGAUGGAGUUUCGGAAUCGACGAUCCGCGGGUGGAUCCUUUCGGAGAUCCGGCGAUCCUGAAGACGUUGCCAUGCCGACGGGUGCUGGUGAGCGUCACCGAGAAGGACUGGUUCAGAGAUAGAGGCAAAGCCUACUACGAGAAACUGCAGGAGAGCGGGUGGGAAGGGGAGGCGGAGCUGCUGGAGACGGAGGACGAGGAGCAUGUGUAUUUCCUCAGUAAGCCCGACUGCGACAAGGCUGCGGUGGAGUUGGACCGUCUGGGAAGCUUCUUAACCCGUGACUAAGUUCAUAUAAUUACUCUGCUCUCGUGGGAACAAAUUCGAUGUUGAGGAGAUAUCCACGGAACAAAAAUUGGAGUUUUAGUAAACGCAGUGCGAAGUAAGGUCUUUAAGUUUGAUGGCAUCUUUUAUCUUCAUUACUGUCUUAUAUUUCUCCCACUGCAGUUUGGCUUGUGUGUUACAUUUGCAUAGCAGAAAGCAUUUUGAAUAUAGAACAAUUUGCUAGAUUUAA